AUGCUUAGACUGUCUACAGAAAGUAGCAGUAUUAUCGUCUAUAACUAUUGUCUUUCGACAGAUUUAUUAUCUUGGAUAAGGAAGGAGGUAACCCAGGGCAUUUCGGAAGCCCUUGAGGUAAGAAAGAGGUCUGAGAAAAGACCCAGACAGAGGCAAGACUCUUCACAGUCCUUUGACUCUGAAGGCAUUGAACCUAUGGGGGAAUUUGAGGUCCUGGAUCAAAUAGACUCCAGUGACAGUGGAAGUAAAAUGAUGAGUGAAGCCCUAGAUUCUAAAUUAAUCCUUAUGGUGAGGAAAUCGUUAGAGAUUCCUGAGGAUGUCCCCAAAGUUGAAGGUUCAGACAAGCACUUUGCUGAUCUGAAUAAGCAAAGAUUAUCCUUCCCUCUACGCAA